AGUGGUGGUAUUGCUUUCUCAUCGUCUCUCUUGCGCGCCGUCCGUUUUUACGUCGUUCAUACCGCCAUUGUACAGUCAAUUCGUCUUCUACUGGCACUAUGGCAUUCUUUUCGAUCCGCGCUUUCAUCCCACCACUGAAGCGACGAUGUUUGCCCCUCCAAACCACCCGGCGCUAUGCAGUACAAGCGCCCGGCGCUCCAAUGAUGGAGAUAUUCAGUGGCCAACAGAAGUGGUUACAGAAGGAAAGAGCUGCAGCAGACAAAGAGAACAGCAGAGGUGUAGACUACCUAAGAGAUGAGGUAGCAUCAAGGCUGUGUGAGCGAGUAUUAGACAUAAAUCGGCAUUUCCCCAAAGUCCUCGAUCUCGGUGCAAACGCGUGCAACCUGUCCCGCGCACUCACUCUGCCCUCCGAAGACGCCCCGGAUAAAGGCCCUCGAUCCAAGCGAAUUGGUACCAUCACAGCCGCAGACUCGUCGGAAGCGCUCUUAUACCGCGAUGCCGAUCUGCCCUUCAACAAAGAGAUUGAUAUUGUCCGCGAGGUCUUGUCGACAUCGGAGCUAUUGCCAUACGAAGCAAACUCUUUCGACGCGGUCUUGAGCAGCCUGAGUCUGCACUGGAUCAAUGAUUUGCCAUCGGUGUUGGCGCAAGUGAACAAUAUUCUGAAGCCAGAUUGCCCUUUCAUAGGCGUCAUGAUGGGAGGAGACAGCUUGUACGAGCUUCGUACGUCUCUGCAACUAGCAGAGUUGGACCGAAGAGGAGGUGUCUCAACGCAUACCUCGCCACUAGCAGACGUCAAAGAUGUGGGUGGAUUGCUACAAAAAGCAGGCUUUAAUCUCCUCACUGUGGACGUGGAUGAUAUCGUAGUCGACUAUCCUGAUACCUUCUCGUUGAUGAAGGACCUGCAAGCUAUGGGCGAGUCCAAUGCCGUGCUUGCACGAGAGAAGGGGCCAAUCCAGAGGGACGUACUACUGGCUGCUGAAGCUAUAUACAAGGAACUCCAUGGCAACGAAGAUGGCACGCUUCCUGCGACUUUCAGGCUGAUUUACAUGAUUGGUUGGAAGCCUAGUCCAAACCAAGCUAAGCCGUUAGAGAGGGGAACUGGCAUGUUUAGUAUCAAAGACCAUCUAGAGAAGAAUAGCAAGCCUGGUGGAGAUAAGGAAUAGAGACCAAAUUAAUUAUUUGCUUUACCGACGACUGUAGAUCCUGGCGUCCGAACGAUACGGCAGAGUCUAGGCAUCUUCACAGGCAAUUGGUAAUCUCAAUCAAGAGACCAUGUCUUGGAGUUUUGCUACAGGAGCUUUAUACAUAUGUAAUAUACUAUGGAUAGCUCGGUCUUGAAACGACCUCAUUGAGUUCCCAUUACGAUUUGAUAUGUUGCACGACUAUAUCGCUCCGGCUAUUGAGUUCGUGAUCAGACUUUUUGAACGCGUCCUCUCAAGUUUACUCCUCAUCCCGUUCAGCUAUGUAGAUGGUGAGAACAGUCCGCGUUUUCUCGCCCGAACCAAUCUCAUGAUCGGGUGUCACUGAAACCUCUCCAUCUUUCAACUCGU